UUGACGUCAUUACUCUACCAUUCUUACUUUCACUUGUUGACCUGAAUCGAACAAGUAGAAUGCAGUGACGGGAUCAAACACAACACGGGGGGAGAUUGUUUUUGUUCGGAAAUAGCUCUUCCCCGUUCGUUGUUUGCUGAUGGGAAAUUCGAUCAAACCACACAUCCAGAAUGCCGGCAAGACGGGCGUCUGCCAGUUGGCCAACAGCAACCUCAAAGAGUUUCCAAGGGAGCUCUACCUCAUUGAGGGAAUCCUGCGAACUUUGGACCUUUCCGGAAACAAGAUUGGCUCGAUCCCGUCUGCCAUCGCCAAGUUCGAACAGCUCAAGCACCUCACCUUGACCAACAACCGUAUCUCAUCACUGCCAGACAGCAUGUGCAAGCUGAAGAAGCUGGAGAGCCUGCUGCUGGGCGUGAACCAGCUGUCACGGCUGCCCGAGACCCUCUCCCAGCUGGGUAACCUCAAGACGGUGGUGCUCAGCGAGAACCGGCUCACCAGCUUCCCUCGCUGCUUCUGCGGCCUCAAGCACCUCGACGUGCUUGACCUGUCCCGCAACCGCAUCGCCGAAGUGCCAGACUGCGUGGGGGACCUCCAGGCCACCGAACUCAACCUCAACCAGAACCAGAUCUCGCUGCUGUCUGAGAACGUGGCGAACUGCCCUCGGCUGAAGGUGCUGCGGCUGGAGGAGAACUGCCUGCAGAUCAGCUCCAUCCCGACCUCACUGCUGGCCGACUCUCAGGUGUCCCUCCUGGCGGUGGAAGGGAACCUCUUUGAACUCAAGGACCUCCAGGAGAAGGAGGGCUACGAGGCGUACAUGGAACGCUACACUGCAACCAAGAAGAAGAUGUACUGAAGCGUGCCUUGCUAAUACCUAGACGGGCUCUCUGUUUCUGGACAAGUCGUGGCCCAACUUCCCUCCUCCUCGCAUUUACGGUAGCGAAUCCUGCACGCAUUCCAGAAACGCCGCGGGUUUCCUCGAGGCGGAAAGAAACAACAAAAACGAAGAAACCUUGCAAGGACACGGUUUAUGUUACGCACGUUUUCGGAGCAAACUGCGGGAGUGGCCGUGCUUCUGGUCUCGGCGCAGUCUGUGGGCCUUUUUACGCAGAGAGAGGCAAAUAUCAAAUAAAUUAGUUUGUUUCUCGUCCUCGGCAGAUGAAUGAGAGGGGCGUGCGAGAGAGGACCCACUUGUCUGCUGUUCGAGUUGCACGCUUUGUUUUUCGGAUAUUUAUUGCGCACCUGUACAUAUGUAACUAGAACAUGCCCGACCGCGAGCACCGCCAUUCACACUGUGAGCACGAUUGCGGAAGGCAACGUGACUCGAGUUGAGAGUCCAAAAGUAAGACAGCUAAAAAAGAAUUCAACGGCUAACCCAGUACUACCGCGCAGGAGGAACUCUCUUUAUUUCCGACCGCGUUUUGAUACAUGAUUGAGGAUGAUAUACCGCCAUGAUAGGAGUAGGUGUGACACGUCUCGUUGCCUUUACACUGGCAUAAAUUAAGGUAUGAACAAUAAAUAUAUUUAUGCGAGUC